GGGCAGGACUUCCGGGGCGGGCGGCCCAGGCCGAGGGAGGAGUGUCUGACAGUUGGCGCGACCCGGAGGGCGGGCGGGCGCCUCGUGGGGGUGCGGGCCCCAGAGUGCCAGGAUCAUCAUGGGAAGCCACUGAGGUAUGCUUACCUCAGUCCCUGGCACAGAGUGAACACUCGUGAGCACCUGCUCCAUGGGCUUCAGAAUCGGAGAGAACUUGCUUUUCAAUCUCAGAAAGGCUCCAGGAAGCAGGGUCAAGGCCAGGAAGACGAUGGUCUCAGUGACUAUGGCCACUUCCGAGUGGAUCCAGUUCUUCAAGGAAGCCGGCAUUCCCCCAGGACCUGCUGUUAAUUACGCUGUGAUGUUUGUGGAUAAUCGGAUCCAGAAGAGCAUGCUGCUAGAUCUUAAUAAAGAAAUCAUGAACGAGCUGGGUGUGACCGUCGUGGGUGAUAUCAUUGCCAUCCUCAAGCAUGCCAAGGUGGUACACCGCCAGGACAUGUGCAAAGCAGCCACUGAGUCAGUGCCCUGCAACCCCAGCCCGCUCCAGGGUGAGCUUCGCCGAGGCGCUUCUAGUGCCGCUUCUCGAAUGAUUGCCAACAGCCUGAACCAUGACUCUCCACCCCAUACCCCCACACGGCGGUCAGACAACAGCACCUCCAAGAUCUCCGUCACUGUGUCCAACAAGAUGGCAGCGAAGAGUGCCAAGGCUGCCGGUGAGGGCACUUGGGCAAGUGUUGGGCAGAGCUGCAGGGGAAUAUGGCUCUGGCCCACAGGGAGGAGGAAAGCCUGGUUGUUCCCACCAAGCGGCGGCGGGUCACGGCUGAGAUGGAGGGAAAGUACAUCAUCCACAUGCCCAAGGGGACCACGCCCCGCACCCGGAAGAUCCUGGAGCAGCAGCAGGCAGCAAAAGGUCUCCAUAGAACAUCUGUGUUUGAUCGCCUUGGUGCUGAGUCCAAAGCAGACACGACCACAGGGACUAAGCCCACAGGAGUUUUCAGCCGCUUAGGGGCCACCCCAGAGAUGGAUGAGGAUCUGGCCUGGGACAGUGACAAUGACAGCAGCAGUAGCUCUGUCCUGCAGUAUGCUGGGGUCCUGAAGAAACUAGGACGAGGCCCAACCAAGGCCAGUGCCCAACCAGCACUGACUGUCAAAGCCAAGGCCACAAGCUCUGCAACCACCACAGCUACCACUCCAAAGCUGCGGCGCCUGGCACUUCCCUCUCGCCCUGGGCUGGAGAAGAAGCCGGAUUCCCUGCCCAAAGUCAGCAUCCUUCAGAGACUGGGCAAGGCUGCCGUUGUGUCCGAGGCACAGGACAGCCAGGUCACAAGCACCAAGAGUAAGUCCUCAGCUGAGGUCAAGUUCGCCAUUAAAAGGACUCUGGUAGGGCCCCGGGGGAGCAGCUCCAGCGAGAGCCUUGGUGCCCAGAUGGACCAUGCAGGCACUGUGAGCGUGUUCAAAAGACUGGGCCAAAGGACUUUCUAGCCACAUGCAGGGUGGGGUGCAGCAGGGAAUGGCAGGCCAGCUCCUGCUUUCAUCCCUUCAGCCUUUCUUGAGGGCACACCUGCCCUCCCACGGAGCUCUAGAAGGCACAAGGCUUGGCUCUCUCCAGCAUUUAGCUGGUUCCAAGCACUCGGGAACACAGCCAUUUUUCCUGGUUUUUGAUGUUCCCGCAGCCUGAUGGUGCCUGCUUUGGGACUUCCCUUCUUCCCUGCCCUCUGUCCUCUGCACAGUAACUGUGGCCUUGGCAUAGUUCCCUUUUCUACCUCUUCCCCAAGCCAAGGGACCUGUUUCUUUCAUGCAGUCCACCCUGAUAGCAGCAUCUGUUGUGACCCUCCUGUUGUGACCGCCCCACCACAAAGGUGUCACCUGGGGGGUCUCCCCCAGGCCCGCCCUGCGCCUUCCCUCCCUCUUCUCCCCCUUCCCCGCCUGCUGUGCUGUCUCUCUCCCUCUCUUCCCUCUUUUCAUUUCUCUUCUGUUUUCUGUCCCUGUGGCAAGGCCCGACCGUCCGCUGCAUCCUGCCUGACCCUCCUGCACCUCUGGCCUCCCAGCGGCCCCCUCGUCGACGGUGGCGGCGAACCUGUAAAGACUGUUAGCUGCCUUCCAUUCCCAGGCUGGAGGGACUUCCCCAGACCUGGCCUGCAGCCGGGGCACCUCCGUUUCCCUGCCCUGACCGUCUUUUUCUUUGAUGGGUGGUGGGCAACAGACAUGGGAAGGGGCGGGUGCUGAGGAAAGGUGACUGCUGUUUUAAUAUAUUUUUGUGACUUUGAGACUGUUUCCUUCCUUCCUCCUCCUUCAGUGGAGUCACAGGUCUGUGGCUCACACGGACCCUGUGGGGCAGUAGGCACUGGUGAAAGACUGGGACUGAAGGGGAUGAUGGCGACAGUUCUCAUGGUGAGGCCUCCUCCUCCCCUUCAAACUGCAGUGCCUGUCACUACGGUGUCCCAUCAAUGUCACCAUUCUGCCACUCUGCCUGUUGGUAGCUUGCUUUUAUUUUGAGACAGGAUCUCACUCUGUAGCCCUGGCUUCCCUGGAACUUGCUAUGUAGAUCAGGCUGGCCUCCAACUCUGAAGAGCCCCGCUUCCCUCUGCCUCCCAAGCCCCAAGUGCUGGAUUAAAGGCGUGCACCACAGCCAGCUGCUUGCCUUCUUUUGUUUUUUGAAACCCAAGGUGGCUCAAACUUGCUGUAUAGUUGAGGAAGACUUAGAACGUCUCUCUUUACAAAUAAAUUUAUUUUGUGUGUAUAAA